CAGAAAGCAGCAUGUAAAUUUGAAGAGGGUCAGGAUGUCCUAGCUAGAUGGUCAGAUGGCUUGUUUUAUCUUGGAAUUAUCAAAAAGAUAAACAUAUUGAAACAGAGCUGCUUCAUCAUAUUUGAAGACAAUUCUAAAUCCUGGGUUCUCUGGAAGGACAUUCAAACAGGAGCCAGUGGAAGUGGGGAAAUGGUCUGUACAAUAUGUCAUGAAGAGUAUUCAGAAGCUCCCAAUGAAAUGGUUAUAUGUGAUAAAUGUGACCAAGGAUAUCAUCAGUUGUGCCACACACCUCAUAUUGAUUCCAGUGUGAUUGAUUCAGAUGAAAAAUGGUUCUGCCGACAGUGUGUUUUUAAAACAACAACAAAGAGGGGUGGUGCGCUUAAGAAAGGACCAAAUGCCAAAGCACUUCAAGUCAUGAAGCAGACGUUACCCUAUAGUGUGGCAGACCUUGAAUGGAAUGCAGGCCAUAAAACCAAAGUCCGGCAGCGUUACUGCUGUUGUGGAGGCCCCGGAGACUGGUAUUUAAAGAUGCUACAGUGCUGCAAAUGUAAGCAGUGGUUUCAUGAGGCUUGUGUGCAAUGCCUUCAAAAGCCAAUGCUAUUUGGAGACAGGUUUUAUACAUUUAUGUGCUCUGUCAGCAGUUCUGGACCAGAAUACCUCAAACGUCUACCAUUACAGUGGGUAGAUAUAGCACAUCUAUGCCUUUACAACCUAAGUGUUAUUCACAAGAAGAAAUACUUUGAUUCUGAACUCGAGCUUAUGACAUACAUUAAUGAAAACUGGGAUAGAUUGCACCCUGGAGAGCUGGCAGACACACCAAAAUCUGAAAGAUAUGAGCAUGUUCUGGAGGCAUUAAAUGAUUACAAGACCAUGUUUAUAUCUGGGAAAGAAAUAAAGAAGAAGAAGCAUUUGUUUGGGUUGCGAAUUCAUGUUCCUCCUGUGCCUCCAAAUGUGGCUUUCAAAGCAGAGAAAGAACCUGAAGGAACAUCCCAUGAAUUUAAAAUUAAAGGCAGAAAGGCAUCCAAACCUAUAUCUGAUUCAAGGGAAAUAAACAAUGGCAUAGAUAAAAAAGGAAAGAAAAAAUCUGUAGGUCGUCCACCUGGCCCAUAUACAAGAAAAAUGAUUCAGAAAACUGCUGAGCCACCUUUGGAUAAGGAGUCAGUUUCAGAGAAUCCUAUCUUGGAUUUACCUUGUUCUAUAGGGAGAACCGAGGGAACUGCACUUUCAUCUAAUACCUCAGAUGUGGAUUUCACGGGUGCUUCCAGUGCAAAAGACACUACCUCGUCUAGCAUUUCCAGGCAUUAUGGAUUAUCUGACUCCAGAAAAAGAACACGUACAGGAAGAUCUUGGCCUGCUUCAAUACCACAUUUGUGGAAAAGAAGAGGUCGUCUUCCUAGAAGAGCACUCCAGAGUCAGAACUCAGAAAUUGUAAAAGAUGACGAAGGCAAAGAAGCUUAUCAAUUUGAUGAAUUCAACAAAGAGAUUCUAAAUAACUUAGCAGAUCAGGAGUUACAACUCAAUCAUCUAAAGAACUCCAUUACCAGUUAUUUUGGUGCUGCAGGUAAAAUAGCAUGUGGCAAAAAAUACCCAGUUUUGGCUCAUCGAGUGACACUUGAUGGAAAGGUGCAGUAUCUUAUGGAAUGGGAAGGAGCGACUGCAUCCUGA